CCCAUCACAAAGGCUUGCCUCUGGACCCUUGGCGGCCUCAUCGCCCUCCUCGUCGUCCUCACGGCCAUAGAAUCGUCCCAUCUUUUCCUCUCAACCCUCUCAGCGCCCACAGAGGAUCAACAGGCUCGCAUCCUCGACGAGGCUCUCGUACUCAAAGGGCCGGACUCGGUUCGCUUACUCAACAUCUCAGAUGACGGUAUCCAGGUGCAAAUCGAUGGCAGGCUUGGACUGGACCCGGAUCGAGCAUUGGACAUCUGGCUUGGUCAACGAGCACGCACAUCGUGGUGGAAGAAUCGCGAUAGGCACAUUGUAGAAUGGGCGCUGGCCAAAGUGGCAGGGGUCAAGGUCGAGCUGGGCCAACUGACCAUUGCUGAGCCGGACUGGGCAAAAGAUCACCCCAGGAGCGAUGUAGACAGCAGCAUCGAAGUCGCCGCCAAGCCUGCUUCACCGCCGCCCCGCGACCUCUUGGCCUUCAACAUCGACCCCCUCCUCGUCCCCCUGCCCGAGCUCCUCCGAACCUCCUCCGAAGACGACGACGCAGACGACCCCGUCUUGGGCGGCAACUCUACACGACGAGCUCGUCUGACGAUGCGCCCGCUCAAUCUCACCCUCCUCUUCAAGCCCGUCACCCCAGCUCCUUACCUCGCUCAGCUGGGCCAACGCGCCGUCAAGCAGGGCGACGCCACCCUCGACAUCAACGUCCGGUCUCUCAGCGUGCGUGGUCUGACGUGGGCGCAGAUGGGCGAGAAGAAGAAGGGAUCGUCGUGGAUUCCUCGCUUCAUCAAUCUGGGUCAGAAGGAUAUCACAAAGAGGGUCAGGCAGCAAAUUCCCAAGCUAGACGUGGGCAACUCGACGGACGAGUUCCUCAACCUCACCCGCUACGACUUUUUUGAGAUCAAUGGGGGCAGUGACGCAGUCGAGGCCGCGGGUCAGAAGGCACUGGGCAUUCGAGCGUACGCAGAGGCAAAAAAUCCGCUGGGUAACCUACUGAAAGGGUCGGUCAGGUACAGCCUGCCAUUCGGCGUCUUCCUGCCCGCGGCUGGAGCGAAUGACUCGCUCGCCCUUGCAAGUAAGCCCAUCGAUACCGUCCUUCUCGCCGUCAUUGCCAGCGACCCCUUCGAACUCGACGGGCAGGAGAAACUGCAGCUCCAACUCGAGGGGCGCGUCGUUCCCCCUCCUCCCUCUGGCGGCGCUCUUCAGACGGAGCAAUCGCAGCCCGCUGCGCCUCAACACGUCUUUUCUGCCUCUCACUCUCCUCCCCGCUCACUCGCUUCACCCAGCGAAGACGCCCUAGGAAACUUUCUUUCACGCUUCCUCCGCGGCGAAGCCAAUACCGUGUACGUACGUGGUGGCUCGCCCUUUGAGCAUCCCGACCCCACCUUGCCCGGCGCUGGCUCGCCAGACCUACCGGGCUGGCUCUCCUCUGCACUCUCGGUCAUGGACGUGCCCAUCUCCUUCCCCGGGUCCAAGGUGACCGACCUGAUCAAGAAUGUGACAAUCCAGGACUUGAAAAUCAAGACGCACCCGUGGAGCAAGGAGAAGCUAUUGUUCAGCGGCACUAUCCUCGGCGAGCUGAGCAUGCCCGGCGAGCUCGCAGCGGUAGACGUCGAGAUCCGCUACCUCUGGCCAGACAUCCUCAUCUACGACGGAAAGCCGCCUAGCAUGAAGCAUCCCGGCGACGGGGACGGAGACGACGACGACGACGGAGGGGACGACGAUGACGACGACGACACCAGCGUGAGGGACGGAGACGAAGACGACGGCGGAGAGCCUCUCCCCUCGCCCCUCCCCAAGCGAGCCUUCGGUCGUGUGCGCCCGCACUCAUGGGCGAAUGCUACCACUACGCCCGAUCCCGACGACCCGUCGCCGCUCCCGCGCAAGAUUCUGCGCUCUCAGCUAGUCGAUGUGCCCUUUACGGUGCUUCCCGGCCGCAGCAAGGAGUUCCGCUCGUACUCGUGGAAAUUGAUCACGGGUGAGGGGGCAGAGACGGGCAUUGAAGGGUCGAGUAAGGUCAAGAUUUGGAACAGCGGGUUGGGUGAUCUGGAGAUCUCCAAGCUGCCGGUGAGCGGGGCGUUCAUUGUGGGCAAGAGG